AAAUCAAAAGUAAAAUUCACUUUCUGUUUGGUAGUGGUACCCGGGGGAAUGCGCAGAGAAAUUUUAGCGUGGGAAAAAUCACCACAAAAACAGAAUAAAGCGCCAGAAAUAGUCAAACCAGUACGGACGCCAUAAGCUUCGCCUUGUCGACUAACAUGGCGGCGGAGAUUUUUCGUCUUUCAUUCAACUUGGCUAGCUUGCUGGACGCUAACGGUACAGGAUGAGUUCAACAGCAGAGGAAGAGGAGGCUGCACCGUUAGAGACAGUCAAGUCUGUCACACUUACUCAGAACAGUGAUGGAAGCAUCAUACUGCACUGUCCUCCCAAUGAUGAGGAGUCGGAGCCACUUCAGAAGAAACUGCGUCUCUCUACAGAGGAACAGGAAGACUCGGGCACACCUCAAUUUUCUGUGGUCACCUUACCGAUGGUGGAGAAUGAAAAGGGCAUCGAGGUGAUGAUGACGGCCACAGCCGAUGGUGAUCUCUCUGAGCACGGUGCUGCUCAGAUUCAGAUUCUUCAGGAGGAUGAGGACUCUCUCUCAGCCAAUCAGAAGACAGAUGUGUCACCUGUCAGUCAGGCCUGGUUCACUACAAAAGAAGACAAAGACACACUGGCUAACAAAGGUCAUAGGUGGAAGCAGGGCAUGUGGUCUAAAGAGGAGAUUGACAUUCUGAUGAGCAACAUCGAUCAAUAUGUAAAGGGCCGAGGCAUCGAAGACCCAGCAGAGAUCAUUUUUGAGAUGUCCAAAGAGGAGAGGAAGGAUUUCUACCGCUCUGUGGCCUUGGGGUUAAACAGGCCGCUGUUCGCUGUCUACAGACGCGUUCUACGAAUGUACGACAACCGCAACCACGUCGGCAAAUACACUCCUGAUGAGAUAGACAAGCUCAAAGCGUUGCGGGAGAAGCACGGGAAUGACUGGGCGACUAUUGGAGCAGCUCUGGGUCGCAGCGCCUCUUCUGUCAAAGACCGCUGCCGACUGAUGAAGGACACGUGCAACACAGGUAAAUGGAGUGAAGAGGAGGAGAGACGUCUCGCUGAGGUUGUCUAUGAAAUGGCAGGUGUGUCACCGGGGUCAGCGGUCACAGGAGGUGUCUCCUGGGCGUCUGUCGCCGAUCAGGUUCGGACGCGCUCAGAGAAACAGUGUCGGUCAAAAUGGUUAAACUACCUGAACUGGAAGCACAGUGGAGGAACAGAGUGGAUGAAGGAGGACGACCUGAAUCUCAUACGCAGGAUAUCGGAGCUUGAAGCAGAGGAUGAGAAUGGAAUCAAGUGGGAGGAUCUUGCAGGAGGGUGGAGCAGCGUCCGGUCGCCUCAGUGGCUGCGGUCGAAGUGGUGGAGCAUCAAGAGACAAGUAGCCAAUCACAAAGAGAUCCCCUUCAGUGUCCUCCUGAAGGGCCUCCAGGAGCUGAUGUCCUCACAGGCAGCAUCAGGACCAGGCAACCCCUCCUCCUCCUCCUCCUCGCUCCAGAUUCGACUCACCCGACUGGAGGAGAGCAGCAUCAGCCCCGCCCCCGGCUCUGUGGCCGCACUGCAGAUUCCCGUACAGAUCCCGCUGCAGAUCACACACCUGGCCUCGGAUUCAGCCGCAGUAGGCAGUGACAGUGAGACCAUCUCUCUGAACACAGGAGCCCUGCAGACCUUUGAGAUCCUGCCUUCCUUCCACCUGCAGCCCACCGGCACCCCGGGGACCUACUAUCUCCAGACAACAUCCAGUCAGGGCCUGCCGUUGAGUUUAGCCAAUAACAGCACAGUCACGCUGACGACCAGCUCCUCUCCCGCGUCACACGAACACAUCAUCCUUCACAGCCUGUCGGCUGAUGGCCUCUGCUCCAGCGAUGGUGUCAUCAUUCAAACGGUGACCUCUGACCCCACCUCCUCUGACCCCCUUGGCCAAUUACAGCUGGUUGUGGAGACAGAGGGGCGGAGCCAGGAUGACCGCCUCGAUGCAGCAAGUCUCCUGGAGGGGUCCGAGAGCGUUGUCAUGGAAACGCAGGAGCCAAUGACAGAUGAUUUCACUGACAAGGGGCUGAGUUCCUCCUCCUCUGAGGGUCCAGCGGUGCAUCCUGGGAUACCAUCUGGCAGUGCCGUGUUGAUUGUGUCUCCUCCCAACAUUAGCAGCACACUGACAGAUCCAAUCUUGGAGAACCAGGAAGGCUCUGACUGAGCUGGGCUCAGCAGAUGGUGGUUAAGGAGCCUGUUGACCUGGCACCUGUCUGCUUCUGGAACUGUGAGUUAAAGUCCCAGACCUGUCUCCUGUUUAAACCAGGAUGUGAACAUCUUUCAGACACACUGGUGUGGUCGUACAUGGAAUGGAACUUUUGAACCUGUGUGAAGCUUCGUGUGUUCAAAGCGUCACACUGAACCCCUGGACAAAAUGUGAAUGAAGCGCUGCGCUUACCUGGCCGUCAGCGGGUGUCCUCACAGCCUCGCAGUGCCAAAGAGACCCUAAAGGCUGUGAUGGAUGCAAGUCUGCACACUGAUCAGGCCUGAAUGUGAACUGAUCUGCAACCCUUAAAUACAUGUUUAUACAUACAUAUAUUUAUGUAAACAUGAAGAGGAAAUUCUUAGUAGAAACUGAGUGAUUAAUAAAUCCACUCUGGUGUAAGGAGCUUGAAUUUUAAACGGUCUCUGCGUGAUU